AUGCUCCUGCUGUUCGUUCUGACGUUUCUCUUCUGGAUAGUCGCCGCGUUGGACGUCAAGAUAAACGGUCAGCGUGACUUGGAGAGAAAAUACUGGUACAAGUACGAUCCGACACUGAUAGCGGAAGGGAUCUUUUGUCUCGCGACGAUCAUGGCGUUUUUCAAGCUGUUGUUUAUCUGUCAAUUAGACUACGAUCUGGGACCUCUGCAACUGUCUCUGUUCAAAAUGAUCAGAGACGUCGGUCACUUCCUCGCGAUAUUCGGUAUCAUCAUCGCGGCUUACACGAUUGGACUCUGCAAAUUGUAUCAGUACUACGACGGAAUGGUGCAGACCGAUUACGAGACAAAGAUGAAAAUCGAACAGGAAAAUUCCUUCGUGAGCUUCAAAUCCACUUUGAAGACUCUUUUCUGGGCGAUUUUCUGCAUGAGCCCGGUAGAAAGUGCCGAUGUGGUGAUCGAAAAUCUUCCCGGUGAAAGAGAAACGGAGACGAUAAUCAAUCAUCAUAGCUUCACCGAGCUUAUCGGUUACCUCGCUUUCGCGGGUUUCCAAUUUAUCUCCGUGGUGGUCGUUUUGAACAUGCUGAUCGCGUGUAUGUCGAACACCUUCACCCGAGUGACCGAUAACGUCAACAUGGAAUGGAUCUUUGGUCGAACAGAGGCCUACGUCGAUUUCAUGCUCACGACGACGCUUCCGCCGCCGUUUAGCAUCUUCUCGAUAUUCACGGGUUUGAAACCGGUGAUCGAGUACAUAAAAGUACUGCUUAAGCCACCGCCCGGCAAGCGAGCACGAUGGGACUUUAUAAAUUGUUGCUACAUCGUCAGUAUGCCGAGCUUCAAUGUUGAUUUAAUAUUGAAUAAUUUUGUUAUCAAGCUAAAUAUCGAUUAUAGGAUUUCCAUCGAGGACCUGCAGGAAGAUAAGGACGAAUACUUCGCGGAAAUUAUGUCACAACUGGUGCAACGCUACUUCCGACAGCUAGAGAAGAAAAUCGAGGAAACGGACAUGCAGAAACUGAGAAAAGAACUGAUGGAGUUCAACAAUAUUCUAAAGGAGGCUCUUAGUCCCGUUCGCUCAGUAUUGAAGCAGUGUGAUAAGAUGGACGAUCUAAUCUCCAUCAUGCUGGUCGUCAUUCUCGCGAUCGGCGGCUUGAUGAUGAUGACUGCACUGUUGACCUGCUAUGUGUGCAUCUUCCGAGAUUUGUGUUGCCGGCCGCAGAACAGGUUUAAGAGGCGGCGUCAACAGAAUGAACAACGGGAGUGUGACAAUCUUAAUCGAGGCAGAUCAGACGCGAUACCGUUAAAUGACAUUACGCAAGGAGAGAGCAUGCCAACGGAGUCUGAGAAGGUUUAAAUAAGAGCUUUCUCUCUCCUUGCAGUGCAACAAUAACCGCAAUCGCGAGAACAAUGUGCAUCCUAUACC